AUGGCCACGCCCUCCAGCCCACCUGCCUUCAGGCUGGAGACAUAUGAUGGAGGCCAAGAAGAUGGUGCUGAUGUGGACAAAGGAAACCUGGGCAGCGGGCAUGCGGCGCCUCCCAUGGAGUCACCGUUCCAGGGCGAAGACCGGGACUUCCCCCCUCAGAUCAAAAUAAACCUCAACUACAAAAGGAAAGUAGGUUCCAGCCAGCAGGACCCAAACCGCUUUGACCGUGACCGGCUCUUCAGCGUGGUUGCCCGAGGUGUCCCUGAGGAUCUGGCUGGGCUACCAGAGUACCUGCGCCGUACCUCCACGUACCUCACCGACACGAAGUUCACAGAGGGCUCCACCGGGAAGACGUGUCUGAUGAAGGCUGUGCUGAACCUUCGGGAUGGGAACAACGCCUGCAUCCUGCCGCUGCUGCAGAUCGACCGGGACUCCGGCAACCCCACGCCCCUGGUUAACGCACAGUGCACAGAUGAGUACUACCGGGGCCACAGUGCCCUGCACAUCGCCAUCGAGAAGAGGAGCCUCCAGUGUGUGAAGCUGCUGGUGGAGAAUGGUGCCAACGUGCAUGCCCGGGCCUCUGGCCACUUCUUCCAGAAGAAAAGCCAGGGGGCUUGUUUCUAUUUUGGUGAGCUGCCCCUCUCGCUGGCGGCAUGCACCAAGCAGUGGGAUGUGGUCGCCUACCUACUGGAGAACCCACACCAGCCUGCCAGCCUGCAGGCUGCCGACUCACUGGGCAACACCGUCCUGCACGCGCUGGUGAUGAUCGCAGACAACUCGGCUGAGAAUAGUGCACUGGUGGUCCGCAUGUACGACAGGCUCCUCCAAGCGGGAGCCCACCUCUGCCCCACCGUGCAGCUGGAGGACAUCCCCAACCUGCAGGGCCUCACGCCCCUGAAGCUGGCCGCCAAGGAGGGCAAGAUGGAGAUUUUCAGACACAUCCUGCAGCGGGAGUUCUCGGGGCCAUGCCAGCCCCUUUCCCGAAAGUUCACUGAGUGGUGCUACGGGCCCGUCCGGGUGUCGCUGUAUGACCUGGCCUCCGUGGACAGCUGGGAGGAGAACUCAGUGCUGGAGAUCAUCGCCUUCCACUGCCGAAGCCCGCACCGGCACCGAAUGGUGGUUUUAGAGCCGCUGAACAAACUGCUGCAGGCAAAAUGGGACCUGCUCAUCCCCAGGUUCUUCUUCAACUUCCUGUGCUACCUGAUCUACAUGCUCAUCUUCACCGCUGUUGUCUACAACCAGCCUGCCCUGGAAAAGGCCGUCCUCCCCAUGAAAGUGACGGCUGGAAACUCCAUGCUGCUGCUGGGCCACAUCCUGAUCCUGCUUGCGGGGGUUUACCUCCUCGUGGGCCAGCUGUGGUACUUCUGGAGGCGCCGGCUGUUCAUCUGGAUCUCCUUCGUGGACAGCUACUUUGAAAUUCUCUUCCUGGUCCAGGCCCUGCUCACGGUGCUGUCUCAGGUGCUGUGUUUCCUGGCCAUUGAGUGGUACCUGCCUCUGCUUGUAUCCUCGCUGGUGCUGGGCUGGCUGAACCUGCUUUACUAUACGCGCGGCUUCCAGCACACAGGCAUCUACAGCGUCAUGAUCCAGAAGGUUAUUCUGCGGGACCUGCUCCGCUUCCUUCUGGUCUACUUAGUCUUCCUUUUUGGCUUCGCUGUAGCCCUGGUGAGCCUGGGCCGGGAGGCGCAGGGCCCCGCAGCCCCCACAAGGUCAAAUGCCACAGAGGCCGCGAGGGAUGAGGAGGGCGGCUCAGCCCCGUACAGUGGCAUCCUGGACGCUUCCCUGGAGCUCUUCAAGUUCACCAUCGGCAUGGGCGAGCUGGCCUUCCAGGAGCAGCUGCGCUUCCGCGGGGCUGUGCUGCUGCUGCUGCUGGCCUAUGUGCUGCUCACCUACAUCCUGCUGCUCAACAUGCUCAUCGCCCUCAUGAGCGAGACUGUCAACAGUGUCGCCACUGACAGCUGGAGCAUCUGGAAACUGCAGAAAGCCAUCUCUGUCCUGGAGAUGGAGAACGGCUACUGGUGGUGCAGGAGGAAGAAGCAGCGGACGGGUGUGAAGCUGACAGUUGGCACCAGGCCAGACGGUAGCCCCGACGAGCGUUGGUGCUUCAGGGUGGAGGAAGUGAACUGGGCUGCCUGGGAGCAGACGCUGCCUACGGUGUUCGAGGAGCCUUCAGGGCCCGGCACCACGAAGAACCACACCCUGGCCUCCCAAGCCGGGGAGGACAGUGCCUUGGAGGAAGACCGUCUUCCCCUCCAGGUCCUGAAGUCCAACUAA